GAUACAUGUAAAGGCGUUCCUGCGCAGUAACAAUUACAUAUUCAAAUCAGAUCUGUCAAAAAACCGUUAGUUAGUCGACGACCUUCGUUUGGUCGAGUGUUUGGUGUUGCAAAAGACUGUUAUGAAAUAUGCCUGCAGAAAUGCGGGUUAAAUAUACAAAAGAUCAGCUAUCUCGAGCUCUUGAAGCCAUAAAUAAUGGAAUGUCUGUCUAUAAAGCAUCCCAAACUUUUAACGUGCCGAAAACAACUCUUAGAGAUAAACGUGAUGGAAAGUACAAAAAUGAAAAGUGUGGAGUUCAGCCGGUUCUUUCUAGAGACGAAGAAAGAACAAUUGUUGAAUGGAUUGUCCAUCUAGCAGCUCUAGGUUUUCCAGUCACGAAGUCACAGUUACUAGAAAGCGUUUCAAACCUGGUGAAAAAUUUACAACGUCCAAAUCCAUUUAAGGAUGGUAAGCCUGGAAACCACUGGUUUCAAAAGUUUAUGGACCGUCACCCUGAAAUUUCCAAACGUGUAUCGCAAAACCUUACUACAAGUAGAAGUGCAGUUACUGAAUUGGCUAUUGAAAACUGGUUCAGAAAAGUCGAAGAAUAUUUUAGAAGCCAAAAUAUUAUGGAUAUUCUUGAGGAUGGCUCCAGAGUUUUUAACUGUGAUGAGUCGGCUUUCUUUUUGUGUCCAAAAGAAAAGCAAGUUCUCGUUAGAAGAGGAACCAAGCUUUUUUAUAACCGGGUAGCAAACGACGAAAAAGAAUGUCUAACUGUUCUUGCAAAUGUGUCUGCUGAUGGCUCACCAGCUCCUCCUAUGGUAAUAUUCCCCUACAAAAGAUUACCAAAAUUUAUACCGUACACUGUUCCUAAGGGCUGGGGCUUAGGCUAUACAGAGAGUGGCUGGAUGAAUUCAGAGGCUUUCUAUGAAUACGUUGCAAAUGUUUUUUACCCCUGGCUGCAAAAUCGUGACACUAAGUUUCCAGUGGCUUUAUUUCUUGAUGGUCAUACCUCCCACAUAUCUUUAGCCUUAAGUGAAUUUUGUAAGGAGAAGGGGAUAGUAUUAGUCGCACUUUUGCCUAAUUCUACCCACAUUUUACAGCCAUUAGAUGUGGCCGUUUUUAGACCAGUUAAAGCCACGUGGCGAAAUGUGGUUAAUGAUUUUAGAUUUAAAAACGAAGGGGCAAAAAUCAGAAGAAGCGAUUUUUCAAAUUUGGUUAAAGCAUGUUUUGAAAAAUGUCUUAAACAAGAAACUAUAAAGAAGGGAUUUGAAUGCUGUGUGGCCUUUUCCCCUUUAACCCCGAAAGUAUUAAUUACAGUAAGCUCAUGAAAAAAUAUAUACAAGAGCCGCAAGAACCAGUUUGUAAUAAUACACAGGAUCAAAAUGUAACAGGUCAGACAGAUCAUCAUUUUAAAGAACAGCUGGAGGCUCGGCUACCUCUAGCAACACUAGAAUUGUUCAAGUCUUCGGGCGAUACAUGGAAUGGAGAUCUCACCUAUGAAAAACUAUUCGUUUUCUGGAAGUCUCUUUAGGAUAAACCAAGUGCAGAAACGGAUAUGAUUUUAGAUGACACCACAAUCAUAAAUAAUAUUACCGAAAAUAUCAACGACUUUGACGAAAAUGCCUGGGAUACAAUCGACUUAGAAAUUCAAGGAGACGGCAACCUUUCAAUAUGCAAUAUUAAAUAUACUGAAAAUGGCAGUUUACCAGGACCAUCGGUUAACGAAGGCACUAAAAAUAGUAAUGCACUUAGAACAAUAGAAAAAAACUAUAAUACCCCGGAUACAUCACCCGUGAAAAUCUUACCUCACGAUAAUAUUUUAAUUGAAGAACACGCUAGUGAAAACGACACAAACUUAGAUGUUGUGGCCACAACCGAAAAACCGAAAGAAAACCCCAUGCUGCCAGUAGGUGAAUCCGCAGAAGAACAUAUGUGCUUUAAAGUAUCAACGCCGUUUAAAAACGCUUUUUACUUCCCUAAGAAAGUUGAAGAUUCGACAAAGAAAAGAGCUACGAGAAAAAUUACGCCAGUAGUAGCAAUUUCAGAUGAAUUCAUGGAGUAUCAGAGAAGAAUCGAGGCGGAAAAAGAAAAGAAGCAACAUGAGAAAGAACAAAGAAAAAUUAAAAAAAGUAACAAAUCAAUUGCUGAAGAAAAGAAAAUUAAAUCCUGAAAAUAAUUCUGAAAAAAACGUGGAAAAGAAAAUAAGUAAUUACAAAAUUGGAGACUAUGUAAUAACAAUAUACGAAGGAGAACUCUUUCCAGGAGUUGUUUGUGGUUAUGAUGAGAAUGGAAUAAUGGCGGGAAUAACUGUAAAAUCAAUGGAAAUGAGUGGACCAAACUGGAAGUGGCCAGAAAAAGAUGAUAUAUUGACCUACGAUAUCAAAGAUAUUUUAUGUAAAAUUGAACCGCCUGAAUUAAUAAACAGCAGGGGCAUUUAUAACAUUCCAAAG